CUCCGGAGUACGGAGUAGUGACGGACUGGUCACCUACUUAUCCCUGCGACCCACGACGUGGGUUACAUUGCAUCAGCAAGGGGGAUGAUCCUCUCUAGCCAGGGGAGGGAGCGUUCGAGAAUCAGUGGCAGAUAGAUAGAUACAGGAUGCAUAGGGCGUUCCCUCCAGCCACCGGACGAGGCAGAAGGAGGCAGGAGCUAAUUUACAACGAUAGAGCGGGCCAACCUGGAGAUGGCGCGCCAUGGGUGUCUCAGUGUGCCCGCCCGCCCGGAGGCUGCUGCCCAUCGGCCAAUGGCAGUGGGUGAUUGGUCAUGAACUGGCCGACGAUAACCAAACCGAUUCAUCACGCGCGGUUGCUCUCGGUCCCGCUGGUCCGUCCGUGGCUUGGAUGCUUGCUCCUGCAUCGCUUGUCCCCAACCUAUGAGGUGACUGGGUCGGUCGACCAUAACUCUG